AUGGGCCUGUCCAGCGCCUUCCUCGUCUUCCUCGGCAUCCUGUUCUUCUCAGGGGUGCCGGAUAAGGGUCUCGCCACUUCCCCAGACAGAGGACACCUCCACUGUUACACCUGCAGCUUUGCCAAGCCCUGCUACCCUGUCCCCAAGGAGUGUCAGGAAGACGAGGUGUGUGGUAUCAGUGUCGGCACCUCAGACGGAAGUGAGGAGGUCAUCGAACGGAAAGGCUGCCUCCCAAGGGCCCAGUGCCCUCUGCUGGGCCGUACUACCUACUGGUCACAGGCCUAUACUCUUCGGCACCGGUGCUGUGAGCAGGAUCUAUGCAACACCGCUGCCUCCCAGCCACUCCCAAGCCUCCCUCUAGCCACCCUGCUACUCCUGGCAGCCUUCUUUGGCUGGGGGGUACAGAUCUUCCUGUAG